CUUCAAAAUGGCUGUUGAAAGAUCGAACGUUUCCAGCGACCUCGUCUGGCAGAUCACCCGCACCCAGAAUGCUUUUCUGGUCAAGCGCAAGACUGCUGGUGGCUCCCAGUUCUCUCGCGAUCCCCUGAACGUGCUGAACAAGCACUCCUUCAAGUAUGCUGGAUACGCCAACACCAAGGCCGUCGGUGUCCAGGCUACUGAGAACGGUGUCGUCCUUAUCACCAAGAAGCCCGCUACCUCCCAGCAGCCCGCCAAGAGCAUUGCUACCGUCUCUUACGGCCCCGGUGCCUCCACCCGCAAGAUCUACAAGGGUGUUGCUGGAAAGACCGCUAAGAACGGCUACCGUGCCGACCUCCGCGAGGAAGCUGUUGCCCGUGUCAGCGCUAUCCGCCGCUCCCAGAAGGCCAAGAAGGACACCCCUGCCAGGAAGCCCCGGGGUGCUCAGGCCAAGAAGGCUGCGGAGCAGGAUUCCGAAUAAAUGCAACACAAGUUUGGGUGAGGAAUCAGGGAUAUGACAUCGCAAGGGUCGACUAUACUAGCACAGUGCUGGCCAGCGCGGGAGUGUGACGUCCGUGUAGUCUAGCAAUAUUAAUUUGCUAUUAUUCACCCCGCCACAAUUGUUCCUGCAGUCGGGAUCAAAAUGGCAAAAAAAAAAAACAAUGAAAAAUGCAAUUUCAUCAAAAUUUUACCUUGUUGUAUGGAAGCUACUAGAGGGCGAUGUCAAUCAGCCUUUUUUUUGGUGUAAAGCAAGGAAGGACCUGUGAAUUCCCGCUUCAAGUUACUUUGCUGUUUUCGAGAUAGCCACCUUAUAUCAUGAUGCCAUGUUAUUAUCACUACCCACCAGCUUCUCUAAGUAUAUAAAACUAUCCUUGCUAUUCUAACUUGCGUCGUUCAAUUUCAGGAUUCUAGCAACAGCUAAGCAAGGUUCUCAGCAGAGCAGAAGAGUACUGGAUUAACUAGUCAG